CUGGUCGGUGUUUACAUCCCACCGCAGGCCAACGUGCAGGACGCACAGCGCACGCUCGCCGACCAGAUACUGCGUGUGGAGCGGACAUUCCCGGACUCUUUAGUUAUUGUCCUCGGCGACUUUAACAAAGGUAACCUCACCCACGAACUCCCAAAAUACAGACAACUUAUAAAAUGUCCGACCAGAGAGGACAAUAUUUUGGAUCACUGUUACACCAUUAUCAGUAACGCUUAUCACGCCGUCCCCCGCGCUGCACUGGGCCACUCUGACCACGUCAUGGUCCAUCUGAUUCCUGCAUACAGACAGAAACUCAAACUCUGUAAACCAGCUGUGAGGACAUCAAAGCAGUGGAGCAGUGAGGCUGUGGAGGAUCUUAAGGCGUGUUUGGAGACUACUGACUGGGAUGUUUUCAGGACUGCCACCACCAGUCUGGAUGAGUACACAGAGACUGUGACUUCUUAUAUCAGUUUCUGUGAGGACUGCUGCAUACCAUCACGCACCAGGGUGAGCUACAACAAUGACAAACCCUGGUUCAGUCCUAAACUCAGACAGCUGAGGCUGCAGAAGGAAGAGGCAUUCAGGAGCGGGGACAGGGACAGGUUUAAGGAGUCAAAGUACAGGUUUAGCAAGGCGGUGAGGGACGCUAAACGGCUGUACUCUGAGAAUCUCAAAAAACAGUUCUCAGCCAACGACUCUGCAUCUGUCUGGAAGGGGCUCAGGCAGAUCACCAACUACAAACCUAAAUCCCCCCACUCUGUCAACGACCUGCGUCUGGCAAACGAGCUGAACGACUUCUACUGCAGAUUUGAAAGACAAUGGGACAGUCCUAACACCAACACCAUCCCCCGACACCACCAGCCCCUGCCCUCCUGCACCCCCAUCCCCACCUCAGCGGGGGCCUGCCCCCACCCUCAACUGCCCACAUUGAAGGACCCCCUUCCGUCAACUACCAUGACUCUCUCCAUCCAGCAGAGGGACGUAUCC